AUGGGCAGUUAUGAAAAAUUAUUUAAAACGGUCGCUUCUUUUCCUUUGAUUGAUAAUCAUGCUCAUAACUUAUCAACCUCCGAUGCAUUUUUGGCUUAUCCAUUGGAAGGUUGCUUCUCAGAAGCACGUGGUGAUGCAUUAAAAGAUGCGACUCAAACCAGUGCUUUGAAAUGUGGAGUACAACAACUCUCUAAACUUUACAAAUGUGCACCUGUUUGGAGAACGAUUAAAGAUGUGAGAAAUACUUUAUCUUAUGAUGAAUUAUGUAAAAUUUGCUUUGAAAAUAUUGGUAUCCAAUGUGUACUCUUGGAUGAUGGAUUUGGAAUUUCGGAACAUCUCCGAGAUAUCAAAAGUCACGUGGGUUUGGUGGAUGAUGUUCGAAGAAUUGUAAGGAUUGAAAGCGUGGCGGAAAAUAUUUUAUAUAAUUUAGCGGAAUCCAUAGUCCAUACUGAUGAAGAGGUUAAAAUAAAUUUUUCCACUUUAUUAAAAAAUGAAUUACGAUCCUUGGCUAAUUCUGAAUUGGUGGUGGCUUUCAAGAGUAUUGCUGCUUAUCGAUCAGGAUUAAAUAUUAAUUGUGAUAUUAAUAAUGAAAAAAUCGUUAUCGCUUUAAGCGAACACUUAAAGGCAUCCACAGUAUCUCCUGUUAAGAAUAUUGCUUUUAAACUUUUCGAUAAAACUCUUAUCGAUUAUAUUUUAAAUUAUCCAAACGCGAAAAUUAUUUUAUUGCACGCGGCUUAUCCUUAUUCUCGUCAAGCGGGAUAUCUUGCUUCUGUUUAUGCAAAUAUAUAUGUUGAUAUUGGUCUUGUUGCUCCCUUAAUUUCUGUUUCAGGUCAACAAGCAAUCUUACGUGAAUUGGUUUUAUUAAAUUCCGUAGAAAAUGGUGACUUCACAAUUGAUGAAGCUGUAAAUAUUGCAAAACAAAUAAUGUUUGAAAGUUCCAAUAAGUUAUACAAAUUAAAUUUGGAACCAAAGAUUCUAUCUGAAAUAGAUUAUUUUGCACGUGGUAUAUCAGAUGAAAAGAAAAUGUUAAUGUUGAAAGAAAAUGGAGUAAAAUUAGUACGAUUAGGUUAUUUAGAUCUCUCCAACCAAUUUCGGAUUCGACUUAUUCCAAUCGAUCGAUUCCAAAAUUAUAUUACGAAAUUGGGAUUAACUGCCUCACGAGCAAUUAACAUAAUGCCACUUUUUGGAGAUCAUAUUCCUGAAGGAAUUGGAAUCACUCCCGCAGGAGAAUGUCUCUUGAAACCGGAUUUUAAUACUUUAAUUCAAUUACCUUAUUAUCCUCAACAUGCUAUCGCUCAUGCAUUUUUGGAAAAUAAAUGGACUCCGGGAGAUCCUAAAUAUGGAAAACUUAAUCUUAUUGAAGAUGAUAAAUAUUAUUCAAUAUGUCCUCGAAAUUGCCUUCGUAAAAUUGUUGAUAUGGCAAGACAAGAUUUUGGGCUUGGUUUUUUGACAGGCGUGGAAUCGGAAUUUACAUUAUUAACAUCUAAAGAUUCUCGAACUCCUGUGGAUGAAACGGUAUAUUGUGCAGCAGAAUCUUUUCGACAUAAUAAUUCAGUGGAAAUAAUAGAUAAGAUUAUUGAUUCAUUAUUAAAAUCAAAUAUACCUGUUGAACAAUGUCACUCUGAGAGUACAUCGGGACAAUAUGAACUUGUUACGGGACCUUCUUCACCUUUGAUUGCUAUGGAUAAUUGUGUGAUUACUCGUAAUACUAUUUAUGAUAUUGCGGCAAAAGAAGGUUUAAGAGCAACUUUUGUUGCCAAACCCUAUAAAGAUCAAGCGGGAAGUGGAGCACAUUUACAUAUUUCUGUUCAUGAAAUUAAUCAAAUCGAAAGAAAGGGGGAGGAUGAAACAGGAUUAACUUCCUAUGAAAGAUCAUUUAUUGCUGGUGUACUUCAUCACAUUAAAUCAAUUUGUGCUUUCUCGUUGACAACAAGUAAUUCUUAUACCCGAACUGUUGAUCAUUGUUGGGCUGGUUCAUGGAUUUUUUGGGGUGUAGAAAAUCGUGAAGCACCAGUUAGAAUUUGUUAUCGACCCAAGAAAAAUUCUGUUACUGGAAAAUUAAGUACUUCCUAUGAAGUGAAUUUUGAACAUAAAUUUGUUGACGGUUUUUCAAAUCCUUAUUUGGUUGCAUCGGCAAUAUUGGCUGCCGGUCUAGAUGGAAUAAAAAAAAAAAUGGAACUUAAGACACCUUCUUGCCUAGAUGAUCCCGCUUUAUUAACCGAAAAAGAACGCACAGAACUCGGUAUCACUGAACGUAUGCCCUCAAGUCUUCGUGAGACUUUGGAUGCAUUAAAACAAGAUACUGUACUUAUUAAAGCUAUGGGAGAAGAACUUGUUAAAUGUUACAUUGGUAUAAAAGAGAGUGAAUUGAGCCAUUUUGAGCAUUUAACGGAUGACGAACAACUUUCCCUUUUAAUCAAACGAUUUUAG